AUGCCUAAAGUGAAGACAGAGUCAGUCUCUUUGAAGAUGAUAAACACUCGAGCAAACUCAUAUUCUAACAAUACCGUUUCACUCGGCGGCAGUACUAGAACUGUUCCGAGAACACAAUCAUCGAGCACCUCCAACCUUUAUGCACUAGGUGCAGAACCACUUUUUCAAAACACAACACACGAGUCCAAGGAUCGGCGAGAUAACUCCGAAAUUCUCAACUCAAUUCUCAAUAGACCUGGUCAAGAUCAAAAACUCGAUCCGCAACCUCCUGUUAAUAGUCAACCGUUAAUACCAAAUCCCAUUUCUCUACUGAAUGAACUGCACCAAAGUCUAAAAAACACCAACCCUCCUAAAUACAAUUAUAUUUAUGUGAGCUCUGGAUUCAUUUGUGAACUUGAGGUUUUCGGAAAGGUUUACAAGAGUUCGAUACCAAGGGCACGAAAACAAGAUGCAAAGGAGGAUGCUGCACUCAUUGCAGUCAAUGACAUCAAAGAGCAGGAAGGCUUCUCAGAUAUAUUAAGUACCGAUCUUUUGCAAGCAUAUGAACAAAAGAUUGAAAACGGGAUAAAUGAUACGAAUUCUAUAACCAGAUCUCGGGCGUGGGAACUUGAUAUAAACGGACGUUAUUGUUUUGAAUGUGUAAUUGGGGAGCGCACUUUUAAAUCAGAUCCCGAGCCUUUUACCAAAGCCAACGAUGCUAGAGAUCACAUUGCGCUCAAGGCAUUUACCACAUUAUACAAUGAGUACUGUGAGAUUGAACGCCAACAGAAUAAAAAUGUUCUCGAGAUUUAUGGUAUGAAACGUUCUGAUGUAUCAUUAUCUGCUACGGAAGAUAAAAAAUGCACAACCGCGAAUGUCGAAUCAAUUGCAAGCACAAGUACCAACUCGACCAUGGUUCCUCGACCCGCCAACGAUGCCGACACGGCCAGUCUAGUAUUGCCCUCCUUAGAUGAGAGUAUGCCAAGGAUCAAAGAGGAACCACCCUUGACGACUUCAUCGAUGCCUUCACCCCAAAUUAAAACCGAACAAUCACUUUCAUCGCAAGCACAACUCCCGCCAUCGAUAUCAUCGCCCAAUUUGAAACGAUGGAAAUAUCCAACCUUUACUCUGCAAAAUUGUUUAGUUGGGUUCACAGGAACUGUUUGUGUCAACAAUCAUGUUUUCAAAGGAAAUGCGCAUGUCAAAAAAUCCGAGGCGAAAGAGGAUGUUGCCGAAGUGGCUUAUAAAUAUUUUAUGGAACGACGAGAGUAA